AGUUUGUUGAAUAUUCUUUUUGUUUCCCCUGUCCCUACAAAGAAAUGGAACUUUAAAUUGAAAUGCCAUUCUCAAUUGAGAACAGAUAGCAUCCACUGUUGCUGAUGAGAAAUCUGUCAAUCUGAUUCUUGUUCCUUUGGUAAUGCUGGCCUCCUAGAGUGAGUUGGGAAGUAUUGCAUCCUUUUCUGUGUUUUGGAGGCGUUUGAGGAUUGGUGUUAAUUCUUCUAUAAAUAUUUGGUAGCAUUAACCGGUGAAGCCAUCUGGUCCUGGGCUAUUCUUUAGGGAUGUCCAUAGCUUUCAUUGAAACACUAAGAGGUUGUCUUAUGUUGGAAUCCGCAAGAAGCAGACCUUGAGACAAAAAUUACCAAAAGAACUGGUGGAGCUUCAUUUGAAGUUGAUGAGGAAGAUUGGCAAAUCCGUUACAGCAGACAGAUGGGAAAAAUAUUUGAUCAAGAUAUGCCAAGAGUUUAAUAGCACUUGGGCAUGGGAGAUGGAGAAGAAAGGCUAUCUCGAAAUGAGUGUUGAAUGCAAACUAGCGCUCCUAAAGUACCUCUGUGAGUGUCAGUUUGAUGACAAUCUCAAAUUCAAGAAUAUUAUCAAUGAGGAAGAUGCCGAUACCAUGCGUCUCCAGCCAAUUGGUCGAGACAAAGAUGGCCUCAUGUACUGGUACCAGUUGGAUCAAGAUCACAAUGUCAGAAUGUACAUAGAAGAACAAGAUGAUCAAGAUGGCUCAUCGUGGAAAUGCAUUGUCAGAAAUCGAAACGAGUUGGCUGAGACUCUUGCACUCCUGAAAGCACAAAUUGAUCCUGUACUAUUGAAAAGCUCCAGCCAACAGGACAGCUCUUCCCGGGACAGUCCCAGCUUAGAUGAUGAGGAGACUAAAAAGGAGGAAGAAACACCUAAACAAGAGGAACAGAAAGAAAAUGAAAAGAGGAAAAGUGAAGAGCAGCCAGUAGAUUCAGAAAACUGUUCUAUACCCAAUGCUCUGGCAGAAACGACUGUGAAAAUAGAAAAAGAAGAUGAAAAGGAACUUGUGAAAAUGCCAGUUAUAGUAAAGUUAGAAAAACCUUUGCUGGAAAGUGAGGGGAAAAAGAUUUUCAAAGAAGAAAGUGAUGCCUUCAAGGAAAAUGUCAAACCCAUUAAAGUUGAAGUGAAGGAAUGUAAAGCAGACCCUAAAGAUAUCAAAGGAGGUGUGGAGAAGCUGGAGCCCGAGAGGCUGGAGUUUGGUGGCAAUGUUAAAUCUACUCAAGAAAUUACUGAGAAGUCUACUGAAGAAACCGAGAAACUUAAAAAUGACCAGCAGGCCAAGAUACCACUAAAAAAAAGAGAAAUUAAACUGAGUGAUGAUUUUGACAGUCCAAUCAAAGGACCUUUGUGUAAAUCAGUUACUCCAACAAAAGAAUUUUUGAAGGAUGAAAUAAAACAAGAGGAGGAGACUUAUAAAAGGAUCUCUACAAUCACUGCUUUGAGUCAUGAAGGGAAACAGCUGGUAAAUGGAGAAGUUUGUGAUGAAAACGUAACUCCAAAUUUUAAGACAGAACAAAUGGAGACAAAGUUUUAUGAUACAAAGGAAGAUGGCUGUAGCCCCUCUAAGGAUAACAGUGUCAUCGUGGAGGGAAAUGGAGCAGAGUCCUUAAAUUCUGUCAUAAUAAGUAUAGGGAAAGAUGCAGAAAGUUCAGUAUCAGUUGUAGAGACCCAGAGUCCAAAAGAACAGACAGAGGAAACUGGUCCUCCAGAAAUGGAAACCUCUCUCGAGGCUUCUGAGAUGGCAACUGAUCUCUCUUUAAAAACUGCUUUAUCUACUGCUGAAUCCCAUACCAUGAAAGUUGAAGAGAAGUCUCCCAAAAAUAAGGAUAAGCGCCCACCAGUCAUAGAAUGUCUUGAAAAGUUAGUGAAGUCCAAAAAGACCUUUCUUGACAAGGACCCACAAAGAUUGAGUCCAAUACCAGAGGAGGCUCCUAAGAGUCCUCUGGAACCAGUAACGCUGGGCUCUCCUGGGGCGGUUGAAACUUCCUCGCUGACUGACAUGGCUGGGCAUUGUGAGAAACCAGCCUCAGAAAAAGAUAUGGUGGAGUGUCAGAGCACAAGUUCUGCUGAGGGUCAAUCCCUGCAAAAAGACUCAGAAGUUCUGAAAGCGGAUUCUGAAUCCAUGAAGGUAGUAGAAAUCGACAACCUAGACAAUGCCCAGGCCUCUGGUGCAGAGGACCCUUCUGACACAAAAGGUUCUAUGCAAAAAAACAAAUUUAAAUAUAAGUUGAUUCCUGAGGAAGAAACCACUGCCCCAGAGAACACAGAGAUAACCUCUGAAAGGCAAAAGGAGGGCAUCAAAUUAACAAUUAGGAUAUCCAGUCGGAAGAAGAAGCCAGAAUCUCCUCCCCAAAUUCUAGAACCAGAAACCAAGCAAGAGAAGUCUGAAAAAGAAGAAGAGAAAACAAAUGUGGGUCGUACUUUAAGAAGGUCUCCAAGGAUAUCUAGACCCACAGCCAAAGUGGCUGAGAUCAGAGAUCAGAAAGCUGAUAAAAAAAGAGGGGAAGGAGAAGAUGAAGUGGACGAGGAGUCAACAGCUUUGCAAAAAACAGACAAAAAGGAAAAUUUGAAAAAAACGGAGAAAGAUAUAAAUUCUAAAGUAAGCAAGGUAAAAACCAAAGGCAAAGUUCGAUGGACUGGUUCUCGAACACGUGGCAGGUGGAAAUAUUCCAGCAACGAUGAAAGUGAAGGGUCUGACAGUGAGAAAUCAUCUGCAGCUUCAGAAGAGGAGGGAGCAAAGGAGAGUGAAGAAGCCGUCCUAGCGGAGGAUGAUGAACCCUGCAAAAAAUGUGGCCUUCCAAACCAUCCUGAGCUAAAAGCAGUGUGGUGUGAUGGGAAAAGCAUGGACCAGACAGACUUGGCAGCAGAUCCUGCUUCCACCACUUAUCAGAUUCUUCUGUGCGACUCUUGUGACAGUGGCUACCAUACUGCCUGCCUUCGCCCUCCUCUGAUGAUCAUCCCUGAUGGAGAAUGGUUCUGCCCCCCUUGCCAACAUAAACUACUGUGUGAGAAAUUAGAGGAACAAUUGCAGGAUUUGGAUGUUGCCUUAAAGAAGAAAGAGCGUGCUGAACGCAGGAAAGAACGCUUGGUGUAUGUGGGUAUCAGUAUUGAAAACAUCAUUCCUCCACAAGAGCCAGAUUUUUCUGAAGAUCAUGAAGAAAAGAAAAAGGAUUCAAAAAAAUCCAAAGCAAAUUUGCUUGAAAGAAGAUCAACAAGAACACGGAAAUGUAUAAGUUAUAGAUUUGAUGAAUUUGAUGAAGCAAUUGAUGAAGCUAUAGAAGAUGAUAUCAAAGAGGCUGAUGGAGGAGGAGUUGGCCGAGGAAAAGAUAUCUCCACCAUCACGGGUCACCGUGGGAAAGAUAUCUCCACUAUUUUGGAUGAAGAAAGAAAGGAGAAUAAACGACCCCAGAGGGCUGCUGCUGCUCGCCGGAAGAAACGCCGGCGAUUAAAUGAUCUGGACAGUGACAGCAACCUGGAUGAAGAAGAGAGUGAAGAUGAGUUCAAGAUCAGUGAUGGAUCUCAAGAUGAGUUUGUUGUAUCUGAUGAAAACCCAGAUGAAAGUGAAGAAGACCCACCAUCUAAUGAUGACAGUGACACUGAUUUCUGUAGCCGAAGACUAAGACGACAUCCCUCCCGGCCAAUGAGGCAAAGCAGGCGUUUGCGGAGAAAAACCCCAAAGAAAAAUUAUUCUGACGACGAUGAAGAGGAGUCUGAUGAGAAUAGUAGAGACUCUGAAAGUGAUUUUAGUGAUGACUUUAGUGAUGAUUAUGUAGAGACUCGGCGAAGGCGGUCAAGGAGGAACCAGAAAAGACAAAUUAACUACAAAGAAGAUUCAGAGAGUGAAGGUUCCCAGAAAAGUUUACGGCGUGGUAAAGAAAUCAGACGAGUUCACAAGCGCAGGCUUUCCAGCUCAGAGAGUGAAGAGAGCUAUAUGUCCAAGAACUCUGAAGAUGAGGAGCUAGCUAAAGAAUCAAAGCGGUCAGUUCGAAAGCGGGGUCGAAGUGCAGAUGAGUAUUCAGAAGCAGAAGAGGGAGACAAACCAUCCCGAAAACGGCUACACCGGAUUGAGACAGACGAGGAGGAGAGUUGUGACAAUGUUCAUGGAGAUGCAGAUGAGCCUGCCCGUGAUAGCCAGCCCAGGGUCCUGCCCUCAGAACAGGAAAGCACCAAGAAGCCCUAUCGGAUAGACAGUGAUGAGGAAGAGGACUUUGAAAAUGUAGGCAAGGUGGGAAGCCCAUUGGACUAUAGCUUAGUGGACUUACCUUCCACCAAUGGACAGAGUCCUGGCAAAGCCAUUGAGAAUUUGAUUGGCAAGCCAGCUGAGAAGCCUCAGACCCCCAAGGACAACAGCACAGCCAGUGCAAGCCUGGCCCCCAAUGGGACAAGUGGUGGGCAGGAGGCAGGGGCACCAGAAGAGGACGAAGAUGAGCUUUUGAGAGUGACUGACCUUGUUGAUUACGUCUGUAACAGUGAACAGUUAUAAGACUUUUUUUCCAUUUUUGUGCUAAUUUAUUCCACGGUAGCUCUCACACCAGCGGGCCAGUUAUUAAAAGCGGUUUUAUUUUUCCUAGAAAACUCCACUACAGAAUGACUUUUUAGAAGAAAAAUUUCAACAAACCCUGAAGUCUUUCUGUGAAGUGACCAGUUUUGAACUUUGAAGAAAAAUAAUUGCUGUAAAUUCCUUUUGAUUUUCUUUUUCCAAGUCCAUGGUCCUUGGUAAUUUCAUUCAUGGAAAAAAAAAUCUUAUAAUAACAACAAAGAUUUGUAUAUUUUUGACUUUAUAUUUCCUGAGCUCUCCUGACUUUGUGAAAAAGGGUGGAUAAAGAAUGCAUUCCGGAUCUGCGAGGGCCGAAAACAGAAUUAGGGGUGGGAGAAAGCACUUGUGCUUUAGCUUUUUCAUAUUAAAUAUAUAUUAUAUUUAAACAUUCAUGGCAUAGAUGAUGAUUAACAGACUGUUUAAAAGUUCAAGUCUGUGUUGUUGCAGUUUGAGAAUUGUAGAUAACAUCAUACGUAAGUCAUUUAGUAGCAGCAUUCAUGAAUCAACUUGUUUACUAUUGGAGAUAACCACACUUAAUAAAGAAGAGUCCAAAAGGGUACCAUCCUAAAAAAAAAAACCCUCUAAGUUUGGUAUAGCAGAGUUUCUUGUUUUAAAAAAAUCAUCUGAAAAGUAUUUGUACAGUAAAAUGUAAAAUGAAGCUUUGACAACCAGAUUGUGCUACCAACAAAUUUAAAACAGCUUUAUGCAGUGAUGAUGAGGUGGCCUCUAAUGUACUAUCAUGGAAAGUUAUUAGUGAAAUGAGUGUAGUCUUUUAAGGCCCAGUGGACUGUAAACUUUGCAGAUAGUGUAACUCUUUUGUUCUGGCCACCUAUUUAAAUAUAUAAAAUAUCAUUUUGAAACAAAUACAUCUAUACAUAACAUACAGGAAGAGAUGCUAAGCUGAUAGUGGUAUUUUAGCACAUUUGAAGAAGGGGAAAGGAUUUUCAGGUGAAUUUUUAACUGGUUUAUUCUUGCCCUUAGUAUCUACUUCAAAUUGAAGUCUACAAACAAAGCAGUUCCUUUGGGAGAUUUUUAGUUUGAGUUUUAGCGUGUGUGUGUGUGUGUGUGUGCGUGCGUGUGUGUGUGUGUGUGUGUGUGUGUGUUGUACUUUCUUAUCUGCCUGGAUAUAUUAGCAGGGUUUGAAUGUAGUUUUUGCCUUUGGCUAUUAGACUUCUAUUAAAAUUCAUUAAUAGUCACAUGACCAACAUAGAGUUGAUUGAGAACACCAAUGUACUUAAUAGGCAUGACAUCCAUUUCAAACGUCUCAACACUUAAAAAAAAAAGUUAAGCCCUUUGUUUCAAGAAAAGGGGUUUGUAUCUAACAUGUAAUUGACACUAAAAUAUGAGCUUUGUCUUAGUUUGUGGUACAGCUGUAAAAUUUCAGGCAGAGCCAUAAAUAACAUUGUACAAAGUGUAGCACUUGUGAUUAAACCUUGCCUGUCAAAUUCUGAAACCUUCAGCCAUUACUUCUGUGAAUACUCUUGCCCUGGGAUUUGGGUUUUUCUGUUCCAGUGUUGUGUCUGUUGCCGGCAAUGGACACACCAUAUCUGCUGCUGGCCCAAGAACUUCAUUAAUUUUCCUUUCCAAAUUAAGCAUAUGUGCUAGUCAGUGUAUAGUAAAGCACUUCUCUUUUUUAUUAUUAAAAAGCUGGCAUUAGAUUUGCAUUAUAAAUACCUCUCUAGAAACUUUAUACUCCUUCUUUUCCCUCCUCAACAGGUGUUGCCCUUAAAUCUUAUCUUUUUGACCUUGAAAGUUUAUAGCUGUUGUUUUCCAGUUAUUGGUUCUUUUAUUUGUUUUGUUUCGCUUUAGUUCUGUAGUACCUGCCCAUUAAUAUUUUUGCGUUGAUUCUAGCAAUGUAUAUGUAUCUGUAUAAAAAAUAAAAUAAUGAAAGCAGCCCAAAAAUAGGGUGCACACAUA